AUGUCGGCGGAGAUCGAGCGUCUCAAGGACGAGGGCACGAGACAGCAAGUCGUAAUUGCCGGUGGUAUCGCAGGCCUCGUGUCCAGAUUCGUCAUCGCUCCUUUGGACGUUGUCAAAAUUCGGCUCCAGCUUCAGCCUCAUUCGCUCUCCGACCCAUUAUCAUGCGAUGGCAUCAAAGGCCCAAUCUACAAGGGCGUCUUUUCCACCCUGCGUGCAAUCGUGAGAGAUGAGGGUAUUCGAGCGCUGUGGAAGGGGAAUAUUCCCGCUGAACUCAUGUAUAUCACUUACGGCGGCGUUCAAUUUACGGCUUAUCGCUCCAUUACUCAAGCUCAGGCUAUGCUUCCGACGCGUCCACCGCCAUCGCUGGAAUCCUUCAUCAGCGGUGCUGGAGCAGGCGCCGCCGCAACUUCAAUCACUUACCCGUUGGAUCUUCUCCGGACACGGUUUGCUGCACAGGGGCCAGAGAAGAUUUAUUCAGGACUCGCCAACUCCGUUCAGGACAUUCUUCGACGCGAGGGACCCAGCGGCUUCUUCCGGGGUCUCAGCGCCGCCCUGGGUCAGAUUGUGCCUUACAUGGGCCUCUUCUUCAUGAGCUACGAAUUCCUCCAUCAGUACAUAGGGGGCAAAACCUUACCCUUUGGAUCCGGUGAUGCCACGGCUGGUGUAUUUGCCAGUAUUUUUGCAAAGACCGCUGUUUUCCCGCUGGAUCUGGUCAGAAAGAGAUUGCAGGUCCAGGGGCCGACGAGAAGCAGGUAUAUUCACACGAAUAUUCCCGAGUAUACGGGCGUUGUUCGUUCUUUAGCGACCAUUUGGAGGAAGGAGGGAUAUCGCGGCUGGUACCGAGGACUGACUGUCAGUUUGAUCAAGGCAAGUCUUUUUCUCUCCCCUGCCGCUCCAGCAUCGGCCGUCACAAUGUGGACGUAUGAGCGUGUAAUGCAUUCACUGGUUCACUCAAAUAGGAACGAUGAGAUGUGGGAAACUUAUACUGGCUACGAUGAUGAUUACGAUGACUAA